GGCGCUUGAGGGUUGUGCAGGAGGAACCCAGAGCUGUCAGGGCGGGCGUCCUGCUCGGUGCCCGCCACCCCGCGCGCCGCCCGCGCUAUGGCCGCCCCGCCGCAGCUGCGGGCUCUGCUCCUUGCGAUCAACGCACUGUUGCGCAAGCGCCGCUACCACGCAGCGUUGUCCAUGCUUAAGGGCUUCCGGAACGGGGCUGUCUAUGGAGCCAAAGUCCGGGCCCCUCACGCACUGGUCAUGACCUUUCUCUUCCGGAGUGGCAGCCUCCGGGAGAAGCUGUGGGCUAUCCUGCAGGCCACGUACACUCACUCCUGGAACCUGGCCAGCUUUGUGUUCACUUACAAGGGACUCUGCGCCCUGCAGUCCCACCUCCAGGGCGACACCUACCAGGUGCACUCAUUCGUGGCUGCCUUCCUUGGGGGCAUCCUGGUGUUUGGAAACAACAAUAACAUCAACAGCCAGAUCAACAUGUACCUGAUGUCACGCCUCCUGUUUGCCCUGUGCCGCCUGGGCGUGGGGAAGGGCUACAUCCCUGAGCCCAGGUGGGACCCGUUCCCGUUGUUCACCGGGAUAAUGUGGGGGCUGAUGCUGUGGCUCUUCGAGUACCACCGGCCCACGCUGCAGCCCUCUCUGCAGUCCUCCAUGACCUACCUGUACGAGGACAGCAACGUGUGGCACGACCUCUCGGACUUCCUCAUCUACAGCAAGAGGCGCCCCUCCGAGUAACUUGGCCCCAAGGUGCUCACGGAGGCUCCCGCACCCAAGUCACCAUCAGCGGGCUCAGCUCGAGGUUGGCUCCAUCAGCGAAUCGUCCCAGGGGAUCUGGCCUUUUCAAGACCCGGGGUCUCAGACUCUAACUUUUAUUAGCCCGGGGUUCCAUCUGCCUAAGCGAAAGCACUGAUUUUCAGACCCCGUUAGGUACUCUCGAAUGGUGGAACGAGCCGCCAGAUCAGGCUGAGGAGCCUUGGGCGCGGUGACAGCUGUGCUGCUGACUCUGUGAGACCAGGGAAGGUCACACCCCACCCUGGGCCUCAGGGGUCAUCGCACUCAGAGGAGGGCACUGAAGUCUCUUUCUGGUGGGUAUGUUUUCCGACCCUUCUUCUGGAACAGAGGGCUCCUGGCUGGUGGGCAGUGGGUUGCAAACGCGUUUUUAGAAAAUAUGCAGUUCCUCAUCUUGGGUGUUCUACUGGAGAAGCUCUAGCGUUUCCGCUGUCCAAUAGAAACACGAUGUGAGUCAUAUACGUGAUUGAAAUUUUUUUAGUAGCCACAUUCCAGUGGUUAGGACUCCGAGCUUUCACUGCCGAGGGCACGGGUUCAAUCCCUGGUUGGGGAACUAAGAUCCCACAAGUCGUGGGGUGUGGCCAAAAAAAAAAGUGGGGGGGCAAGAAGCAGGUGAGAUUAACGUUAAUCAUAUCUUUUAACCCAGUAUUUCUAAAAUAUUAUCAUUUUAACAUGUAAUAAAUGUAAAAGUUAUGAGAUAUUUUACAUUCUUUUUUCUUGUAGUAAGUCAUCAAAAUCAGGUGUGUGUUUUACACUUACAGCAUUUCUCAAUUUCAACCAGCCGCAUUUCAGGUGCUUAUUAGUAGCCACAUGUGGCUAGUGGCUACUGAUUUGGAUAGCACAGAUAUAGGAUGCUCUACCCUCGCAGAAAAUUCUAGUGGACAGUGCAGAUAGAGAGCUAGAAGACAUGGGUUUGAGUCCCCACUCCACCACUGUGUAACCUUGGGGAAGGUUCUUAACUUCUCAGAGGCUCAGUUUCUAGUAAAGUGAGGAUAAUCAUAGUAAUACCUGGUGUCCACAUUGGACUUGUGUGACUACAGCGGCUGCUUCUACUCAUUACAUCCAUGUAGUGAGCUCCUACUUCCUCUUGGGUGCUUUGCACUAAUUACUUUUAACCCAUUCAAAGACCUUGCAGGUAUGUAUUUGGAUCUCCGUUUCACAGAUGUGGAAACUGAGGAUCAGAGAAGUAACUUGCCCAAGGUAAUACAACUAAUAGUAUGACAGCCAAACCAGGGUUUGAACCCAGAUCUAUGUGAUUUCAAAGCUCAUGUUUUUUUCAGUGCCUUACUUUAAAUUUAGAAACCUAAACUACGCUAUGCAAAUGUUAGCUAGUUAUAGGGGUGCAAACUCAAAUGCCUAUAGGGGCCUGGCAAGUGGUAUAAAUGAUAAUGUUCUGGGUGCUAUGCAGUUGGGAGUGACAGGGAUGUGGGGAACUGGAGACUCGUGUGCCAGACUGAGUUUUGAAAACCACCAAGCUGGGCAGAUCAAACAGGUCUCCAGGGGACUUGGUCCAUGGACCACCAAUUUGAAUAGGCAUACUUCAGUCUCUUUUUAUAUUUUGAAAAUUACGGACUUCCCCGGUGGCGCAGUGGUUAAGAAUCCGCCUGCCAAUGCAGGAGACACGGGUUCGAGCCCUGGUCCGGGAAGAUCCCACAUGCAGCAGAGCAGCUAAGCCCGUGUGCCACAACUACUGAGCCUGUGCUCUAGAGCCCAUGAGCCACAGCUACCGAGACCGGGCGCCACAACUACUGAAACCCGCAUGCCUAGAGCUCGUGCGCCACAACAAGAGAAGCCACCGCCACGAGAAGCCCGCGCACCGCAACUAGAGAAAGUCCUCGUGCAGCAAUGAAGACCCAACGCAGCCAAAAAUUAAUUAGUUAAUUAAUUUUUAAAAAAGGAAAUUACUAGUAGAACUAUCCACAUGAGUCACUGACCUUAUUAAAAUGCAGAUUCUGAUUCAGUGGGGUCGGGGUGGGGCCUGAGAUUUCUGUAUUUCUCACAGGCUCCUGGAUGAUUGCUGCUGCUGUUCUGAGCUACACCUUGAGUAACAAGGUGGUAGGGAAUGAUAUGGGGCCAACAAGUAGCCCAUGUGACAAAGGAAGAAACUAAGUCACAGAGCUGUUAGGUCAUCGAGGUGGGAUUUGGUCUGAUUCUAACUGCGUGUUCUCAGGCACAGUGUUGUACUGCAGGCCUGGAGGAGGGGAUCUUGAAGUUUCCCUAGUUCACUCCGUGGAGGCUGAAUGAGAUCCCAAGGUUAUGGGGAGGGGAAAGGGUGGCUGUCAGCAAGUGGGCUUUGUUGCAGAUGCUGCGGUGCCCCACCCAUAUCCUGUCUAACUUACCACUUCAGUGCACACCAGCCACCCAACUGCCACCCUGAGUCUUUCUGCCUGAGGGCCCCUCACUUGCUCUUGGCACCAGCUUUGCCAGCCUGCAGCAGACCUGCAGUGCUAGAGGAUUAACACAUCCUGGGAGCAGCCCUCAACCAGUGACUGAUGACUACCCCCACUCCUGCACCCCUCACCCAGUUGUCACUGGGUGGGAUAACUCUGAGAUGCCUGCAGAAUACCCCAGCAAGACUGAGCUCUGGCUGCCCACAGUGGUCACUUGUGUGAUGACACCUCCUCCUUGUCUCCCUUCCUCAUGCCCCUACCAGCGCUUGGAACCACUUGCCACAGAAACCACUUGCACUCAAAUCCUUGGCUUGGGGUCUGCGAUUAGGGGAACCCAAACUAAAACUGACCUCUGGUGCAGCGAGUUGAGAGGCAGCACAAGGGGUGGUUAAGGACAUAAGCUUUGGAGCCAGAGUGUCUGGGCUCAGUUCCAGCCUCGCUGGUCCCUUGCAAGUGACUUAACCAUUCUGGGCCUCCGUUUUGUCAUCUGUAAAAUAGGCAUUCUAAUAGCGCACACCUCAUAGGGUGGUCUGGAGGAUUCAAUGAUAUGAUGGCAUAUGAAGUAAGCACUCGAUAAAGGUUUGCUUUUAUUUCCAACAUAGCAACCAAAUGUAAAAGAAAGCAUGGCCCUGAGGACUGCAGACACCCUGCUUUUUUAGCCUGUCCUACCCCACCCUCAGCUGAAGGUAAAAGCCUUGGCUGCCUGCCCUCCUGGCGUCCCCCCACUGCCGCUGGGGCUUGGCCAGCUCCACUACCCACUGUCUCUGCUCUGUAAGAAUAGGUUCCCCUCACAGAUGGCAUCUCUCUGGAUCCUGCCAAAGCAUCUGGUGCCUCCAACUGCUCACUCCAGGGGGAAGGCGGUGUGGUCCUUGUGCAGGCGCAGAGCCCUGGCUCCUAGGAGGAGUCCCCACUCAGCUCCCUCCUAGCCAAGCCUCCGUUUCUGCAAGACCUGGAAAAUGGGGAUGGCUGGAGAGCUUUCGGCACACAGUAGGUGCUCCAUAAAUGCUAGUUCCUGAAACAGCACAGUGUUUUAACGUGUAUUUAUUAAGCACCUGCUACAUUCCUAUGAGGUCUCUUGACAAUGCAAAGCUAUAAACAAAAUUUUUUAUUCAAUAAUGCAUACACAUAGUGCAUAACUUAAGUGGUACGAAAAGUGUGUAACAGGGAAGAAUCAAGUUCCCCCUGCACCCCAGCUCCACCUACCUGCCUCCACCCCAGCCAGGGGUGCCACCUAUCAGCACUUUCUAGUACAGCCUUCCUGAGACAUUCUCUGCACGACCACCCAUCUCUGUCUUCUAAGAAACUUGUAUAUUGCACUGUCAUCUCAAGAACUCUGACAUUUCCUCCUUGUCCUCUGCAUGUUUGGUUUCUUUUUGAUCAAUAAUAUGACAUGAAAGUGAGUCCUGGACUUCCCUGGUGGUCCAGUGGUUAGGACUCUGUGCUUUCACUGCCAAGGGCAUGGGUUCAAUCCCUGGUCAGGGAACUAAGAUCCUGCAAGCCGCGCGGCCAAAAAAAAACAACUCAAUGUUAGUAUCAUUAAAAAAAAAACAGUGAGUCCUUUCUUUGAGCCAAUUCCCACCCCCCCACAGCUCCACCCUCCAGUCCCCCAAUAUCUUGGGCAGAUCAUGAACCACCCUAGGUGUCCCGAGCCUUGUCAUAGGUGACGCCCAACACUCAGGUCCACAGAACUCCAAGUGAAAGGGGAAGCACAAAAUCGAAGUGCAUUUGGGGCCCUUCUGCUGCUCCACUCCCAAAUCGGAGGUCAUUCAGGGAACCCAUGUGAGAGGGAUGAUUCACAGGCCGAGGCGCCAAGAAGCCGCCUCCUGUGAUGCUCGCGGCUCCUGCCUUCCACUUCGCAGGCUCCAGAAAGGAUCCUGGAGAUGGCGUUUCUGUCCACGUUGUUCGCUUCUCCCACUCCCGUGAGUGUGUUUUGUGUUUAUGAGAAUCAGGCUUUAAACCCGACACCCUCCUAAACCAGUGCCCCACCUCCUGGAGCCAACAGUCUGUGACUGCAGAUGGGUUGCUUUCUGUGACAAGUUAGAGGGCAUUUAUAAAAAGAAAUGUUACGUUUUUUCCUCCCCUUGUUCCAGAUUCAUAGGGAUGGGGGGGGGUGUCUUCUUUCAGCCUUGAAAAGCAUUUUGGGUGAGAGGGUGUUAAUUUUAACCAGAGGCCUCCUACAGGACUCACUCUUGGGAGCUGGAGGCCGCAGGGGUCCAGCUAGAGGACAGAGGGAAAGCUGGGCUGUCUUCUUCCUGCUUUUAGAGGGCUCCCUGCUUUCUGUUACAGGCCUGUGUGCUCAUGAUUUCAUAAAUAAGACGGGACCAGGCAGCACUGAAAUGCAGGUCGUGGGGUCUCCGUCAGAAACCUUGCUCCCCCUGCUUUUCUGGGCUCCCCCUUCAGCCUCUCCUCGUGGGCUGGACAUCAGCUAAGAGAGGGAUCAAGGUCAGACCACGUCAGCUCUUUUUUUUUGGCCACGCUGUGCGGCUUGCAGGAUCUUAGUUCCCUGACCAGGGAUUGAACCUGGGCCCCUGGCAGUGGAAGCGAGGAGUCCUAACCACUGGACCACCAGGAAAUUCCCCACAUCAGCUCUUUUAAGACACUCCUUUUUAGGGUGUCUUUUUUAUGUGGGUCAUGAACCCUUUUGGCAUCUGGUGAAGCCUAUGGACCCUUCUCAAGAGUGGGGUUUUUUAAACCCAUAAAAUAAAAUAGGAUUACAAAAGACAACAAUUAUAUUGAAUAUUGAAAUAAUUAUCAAAAUAUUUUUUAAAUUUGUGAUUUAAUAAUGUAUGUUCUUUUUCUAAAAAUUUUUAAAUAUUCAUUUUUUACUUAUUUUGGCUGCACCAGGUCUUAGUUGCAGCAUGCAGGGUCUUUAGUUGCACCAUGUGGACUCUUAGUUGUGGCAUGUGGGAUCUAGUUCCCAGACCAGGGAUCGAACCUGGGCCCCCGGAAUUGGGAGCACGGAGUCUUACCUACUGGACCACCAGGGAAGUCCCUUGUAAUGUGUGUUCUUUUUUAACACAUUAGAUAACAAGAUCUAGUGGCAGGUCCAAAACUACCACGAUUUCACAGGUGCAAUAAGCAUAAAUAGUAUCUCAAGAUAGCUGCGGCAGCUGUGAUAUGGAAAUAGCUGUGAUUUCUCCUGGAGAUAAAGUCCCAGGUUGCUGCUAAUUGGCCUCUGGUUUGUUGCCUACAUUUAAAAUUGAAGGAAAUGUUACAUUUCAGUUAGAGACUAGUGAAAAUAUAGGUGUAAUUUUUUUUCCUGUCCAAGUUCAUGGAACUUGGGUUCAUGGAUCACAGAUUCAGAACUCCUGCUUGAGAGUGACCCUCCCAGCCUGCCCCUGUGACAGCUGACAUUGUUUACCAAGCCCUGAGCACAGGAAUAGUAAAAAUAAUGGCUCAUAUUGACUGAGUUCUUGCUAGGUACUAGGUACCUGGUGAUAUUGGAGGCUAGGAUGGAUUGAUUGAUUUUUGGCUGCACGCGGGCUUUCCCUAGUUGUGGCGAGUGGGGGCUACUCUUUGUUAUGGUGCACAAGCUUCUCAUUACGGUGGCUUCUCCUGUUGCGGAGCACGGGCUCUAGGCACACAAACUUUAGUAGUUGUAGCACGCGGGCUCAGUAGUUGAGGUGCACAGGCUUAGUUACUCCGCAGCACGUGGGAUUUUCCUGGACCAGGGAUCAAGCCCGUGUCCCCUGUAUUGGCAGGUGGAUUCUUAACCACUGCGCCACCAGGGAAGUCCAGGGAGGCUAGGAUUUAGCAAUGAAAGAAGCCAGUUCCUGCUUACCUGGGGCUUACCAUCCAGGGAGGGAAAACUGACAAAUGAAUAUACAGAUGUGGUCAUUUCAGAGUGGUAGAUGCCAGGAAGUCAGUAGUACAGGCACUGUAAUAGAGUGACUUGGGAGGAGAAUGGCAGGGUCUGUUUUCCAGGGAGAACGGCGGGGUCUGUUUUUCCCUCCUUCUCUCUGAGGAGGUGCUGUUUGCUCUGAGACCCAAAUGAUGAGCGAGCCAUGCAAAGACGUAGAGGAAAGGUGUACCCCGCAGAGGAUCUGCCAAGUGCACAGGCCCUGAGGGGGGAACAGCUGACAGCAUCCCAGGGCCUGGCGGGAGGUUUGCGUGGCUGGGACAGAGUGCCAGGCGGGGGCUCACUGGAGUGUUGGAGAUGGAGUCCCGGAGGCUGGUUGGGCCCAUCAGGCAGGCUUCAUGGGUCAGAGUGAGGGCUUUGGGUUUUCUUCUAAGUGUGACAGGCAGCCUUCGGCAUGUUUAAGCAGGAGAGUGAUGUGAUAUGAUUUACAUUUUGGAAAGAUCCUUCGAGCUGUGUGUGGAGAACAGAGCGUAGGGGCCCAGGCUGCCAGCAAGGAUCCAGUGAGGAAGCCAGGCAGUGGUCCUGGUGAGAGACCAUGGCAGCCUGGACCGGGGGUGGGGGCCGCGGGGUGGAGAGAAGUGGGCAGAUCUGGGGUGUCAUUUGGAGAGCACCUCAGUGGCCCAGGGCUUUUGGGAGGGGGGUGGUGAGAGAGAGGAGUGUAGCAAAUGACCCCCCCAGCUGAGAAACAGGCCCCGACCUUGCCCCCCCUUGCCUCCGCAACCCCCUGCGGCCCUCCACUGCCCCUCUGGGGGCGGCCACCCGCCCACCGGGCCCCUGGCAUGCGAGCUUCCCAGCUGGUCCCGAUUGUUGUUACUCCCCAGGGAGUCAUGGGAACACACUCCCCCUGCCUCCUCCGCACCCCCCUUCCCAGACAGGGCCAGGCCCUAACAAUGUCCCUCAGCCAGCCAGUGGCCUGGACACAAUGCCCCUGUUUCGGUUCAUCGCCAGCUCCAGGAGGCCUGCUGGGUUCCCUGGCCUGUUUGGCACAUACAUAACUCCGGCUUCCAGCAGGGAUUUUUUUUGUUGUUGUUUAAAAAAAAAAAAGGGGGGGGGAGAGAGAAUAUCUCUGGCUCCUGCUCUCUGAAUAUCUUAAUAUAUGAUAAAGAGCCUUUCUCUUCUCAUCCUGAGCUCUCUGUACUCCCCUCCCUGACCGCAUUUGCCAUGUGCCUGUCAACCCGGAGGCCAAAUGCAGGUCAGCAGGUGUCAGAGAGAAAACAAGAAAAAGAAAGAAAAGCGGCUCGCUCCACCAUGGCGAGGCUGGAGGUGAUGAGAACAAUGAGGGCCUCUGACGGGGAGGCCCCGGCCCUGCGCUCUUCAUUCACCUUAUCUCCUGACUUCUAAGACGCCAUCCAAGAUGAGGCACAGCGUUAUCUUGAGCCCCUAAGAAAGAAAAGAGCUGCCAACUAAAAAUGGACAUGCCACUGAUUGUGUGACGCCCUCCAAUUUCAGAGAUGUUAAAUAUGAAAAAAAAAAGUCUGAGAGAGGACUUCCUUGGCGGUCCAGUGGUUAAGACUCUGUGCUUCCAUUGCAGGGGGCACGCGUUCGAUCCCUGGUCGGGGAACUAAGAUUCCUGAAUGCUGCAUGGUGCAGCCAAAAACAUUAACUAACUAAAAAAAAAAGUCUGAGGAUCAGUGGAAUAUGGGAUUGUCUCAUCUACCCACUUCAUUGCCCUCCAAAUGUAUUUUUCUUCUUGUCUUUGAACCUAAUAGAGUUUGGGAGGCAGUGCAGGGAUUGCUGCUUGAAAACUCUCCUGCAGCCUAACAAGAAUUUUUUUCUUUUCUCUUUUGGAAAGAUCAGGAGGAGAUGUAGGCAAGCUGCCCCAGUGAUUCAUCUUUCAUUCUUAGUAACAGCUGACGUUUAUUGAGGCCUCUCUAUGUGCCAGCUACUGCCCUAAGCACUGUAAUAACUCAGUUAAUGUCCCAACAACCCUGUCAGGUAAACGCUGUUAUCAUUAUUAUUACCAUCCCCAUUUUACAGAUGAAAAAACAGAGCCCCUGUGCUCUAAGGGCUCCCCACCCCCUCACUUCCAUGCUGGUCAGGGCAGGCAUAGCCACUGUGUCUGGUUUUCUCCCCUCUCCUUGGAAAAGCACAGUCUCUCCGCAGAGGCUGGAGUAAUGGAGAGAAGGGAAGAGGCACUGGGCGAGCCUUGGAGAGGAGAGGGGUCCCCAGAGUGUGAGCUCAUGGAAUAAUGGGGGCUCGAGGGAAAGGAGGCUCGCCUAUCAACCAGAGGCCUACCCACUUCCAUUGACCUUGGACCUUCUGGCCCACCCCCACUGAACAUAUGGACCAGCUAAUGGCUGAGGACUUGGCCAAGGCCACACAGCCACACAGCUGCUGGCUGGCACUAAGCCCUGUGAACACCCAGUUUCCCUACUCCGCCACGUCCAUAUCUUCUCUUUAGCUACCCACAAAGCAGAGGAGCUGUGCUCCUGCUGUAAUGAUGUCACUAAUAGUAGUUAACGUUUAUUGGCCGCUUACUCUGUUCCAGGCACAGGCAUCAGGGAUUGCAAACCCAGGUACCCACAAUGGCAGGGCAAGUAAGGUCACCGAGUGAGGCAAGCCAGGCAGGGACGCUCGUGGCCUGGAGGGUCAAGGCUCUGGCUAAAUGGGGGACAGCAACUGCUCAGCACCCUGAUGGCCUGCCUGGUAUUGCCAGAUAUUACUGGGUUUUUGUUAAAGCCAGAUAUUUGAAUUUUUAUAUAGCAUUUCCCAAUUAAAAUUUUUUUAAACUAAUUCAUAAUUCAGUAAAAACAUAAUCUGGGUAAAUUAAAUCAUACCUGUGGGCCAGUUUGCAAACUCUGCUUGUCUUGUUUUCUCAUUUAACCCUGACACCCAUUCUGUCAAGGAGGCUUUGCCCCUUGUUCUAUGGAUGAGGCAAGCAAAGGUCUUCAGUGGGGUAAAUCACUUACCCAUCUGGCCAAGCCACAUGGUUGGGGUCUGCCUGACUGCCAAGGCUUGCUCCCAUGUUAGACGGCCUCCCGAAUGGGUAGGAGGCCUGUGUUCAGACACAGCCAGAACUGGCACAGUGACAGUUUACUCCAGGGACAGUAAACCGUCAAACAACUCAGUGUAGUGACAAGGGAUCAUUCAAGAUGAAUGUAACGUUGCAGACAUAAAACUCCCCACCUCCUUCUGCCAGAACUCAACAAUGGAUGCCUCUGUGCCCCUUAAUAAAAUUAAGUCACAACAGAAUCAUUUCUCCUUAUCAUAAUGGGAUGUUCAUGUUUGGAGAUUUUUUUUUAAGCUAUGAAUGUACGUUUAGGGGAGGUGGUGUAUGUGGAAUAAAUAGCUUUGAACUA